CUUACGUCACUCUACUUUUCCUGUUCCAAGGGGAAAGUAGAGUGCCAUUCCCUUCAAGAAGGUCGUUGGGGUAGGACUCAGGUUGUGUUUGGUAAAUUGUGAAGACACUGAAGACGCCUGAGGAUAGGGGCACGUAGUACGUGACCAGGGAGAAAGAUGUGGUCACAUCGAUCAGCCAUGCUAUUAUGGAUAGGAGUAAUAUGGGUUUUGUUAACAUUUCAAAAUGAAGUUGAAGGGAAUGACGUAUGCCCAAUCGGUUUCUUCAGAUGUCUUGAUGGGGAAUGCAUUCAUGAAGCUAAGCACUGUGAUGGCCAUACAGACUGCAAAGAUAACUUUGAUGAAUUUGACUGUGAUGCAGUGACCUGCAAGGAACCAGACUGGUUUCGUUGUCAUACUGGACGCUGUGUGAGCAGUAGUUUACGCUGUGAUGGCAGUGAUGAUUGUGGUGAUUGGUCAGAUGAAGAGGACUGCUCUUCAGUGGAAACACAGCCUGCAAACUGUUCAAAAGAUGAAUGGCGCUGUGUCGACAAUAAUUGCAUUUUGGUGGACUGGGUGUGUGAUGGGAAACAGGACUGCAUGGAUGGGAGUGAUGAACUCCAGGGAUGUACUCUUCACAUGCCCUGUACAGAUGGGUAUUUAUGUGACAAUCAUCACUGUAUUCCACUUACAUUUUUGUGCGAUGGUUCUGAUGACUGUGGAGACAACAGUGACGAAAAACACUGUCCAGGUAACCAUAAUGUGUCCCCUGAAGAAUGUAAAUUGGAACGAAACUUAUUUCUCUGCACUAAUCAGUUAGAAUGUGUGGAAGUUAAAGAGUUGUGUGAUGGUGUGGAGCAUUGUCAUGAUGGCUCAGAUGAGGGUCCUGCAUGCAAUGCAAGUGUUGCAGCUUGCCACACUGCAGGAUGCAGUCAUCGUUGUGCUGCUUCUCCUGAAGGUCCUCUGUGCAUUUGUCAAAUUGGUUAUGAGCUUGUCAACAAUAAAACAUGUGUUGACAAAGAUGAAUGUUUAGAAUAUGGUAUCUGUGAUCAAAGAUGUAAAAAUCUGCAAGGAAGCUACAGCUGUUACUGUGAUGAAGGCUAUGAGCUUGGUCCUGACAAGCACUAUUGCAAAGCUACAGGUGCAGAUGCCUUGCUUCUGUUUUCAUCUACAAAGGAGAUACGUGCUAUGUACAUUCACAAAAAAGUCUAUUACGUGGUUCGCGAAGACCUAGAUCGUGUUGUGGGUCUGUCUUAUGAUGGAGUUUAUGUGUACUGGACAGGCAUUAUGGCUGGAGAGGAAUCAAUUGUACGGAGCAAAGAAGAUGGAUCUCAUAUGGAAAUAAUUGUGGAUGCAGGACUCUAUCGGCCUGAAGAUCUUGCUGUGGAUUGGGUUACUGGCAACAUAUAUUUUAGUGAUUCUGAAGCAAAACGUAUUGGCGUAUGUUCAAAUAAUGGAUCAAGUUGUAGUAUUCUGAUCAAUAAAGAUGUGGACAAACCACGUGCUGUCGUUUUAUUACCAACUGAAGGGUUGAUGUUCUGGUCUGACUGGGGAAAAAUACCUGCGAUUGCUAAAGCUGGAAUGGAUGGAUCAAAACGAACAGCAUUUAUUUCAACACAACUACACUUCCCUAAUGGUCUUGCAGUAGAUUAUCACAAUUCUCGUCUAUACUGGGUGGAUGCUAAACUGCUUGUCAUAGAGUCAAUCAGGCUGGAUGGAACUGACAGAAGGGUCAUUUUAAAGGAUGCUGUGAAGCAUCCAUUUGCAAUUGCAGUGUUUGAAGAUACUCUGUAUUGGUCAGACUGGCAUGGACGUGAUAUUCAAGCUUGCAACAAGUUUACUGGGAAGAAUCAUCGUGUGUUAAUUCGUGAGAAGACCAAAGGCAAUUUUAUUUAUGAUGUCCAUGUUUAUCAUCCAGCCAUGAUGCCAUCGGUUCCAAACCCAUGCCUACAUGCAGAAUGCAGUGAUAUUUGUCUUCUGGCUCCAAAUAAAACCUAUACCUGUGCCUGUGGAGAGAAUAAAAUCCUUGGAGUGGAUAAGCAUACUUGCUAUGAGACAACAAACAAGCAAGAGUUAAUGAUGGCUGCAGCAGGUCAGAAACUUGUUGCUAUUGGUCAUGAGUUUCUGGGAAAACAUGUUAUCUAUGAGAUUUCAUUGACAAGUGUUCAAAGUAUUGGGGCUGUAACUUACAAUACGCUUACAGGUCAUGUAAUUAUGUAUGAUUCUGAUCAGCAAGCGCUUUUCACACUCAGCUUUUGGCCAAAGACAAUUGUACGUCCUUUGCAUAGAGGAAUUGAAAACAUUGACACAAUGGACUUUGACUAUUUGGGAAAUAAUUUAUACUUCAGUGAUGGUGAUGCAGGAACUGUGGAAAUAUUGAGCCUGAAUACAUUUGAAAAGACUAUAUUGCUUCGCACUUCAGCUGGAGAAACGCCUCUUGAUAUUGCUGUUGUCUCAGAGGAGGGAGUAAUGUUUAUAGCAUUUUCACAUGCGUUAUUUGAAGAUUUUAGCCCUCAUAUUGACCGCCUGAACAUGGAUGGCGGAAACCGUCUUCAUGUAAUUGAGAUUAAUGUGAAAGGUCCAGUUCUCUCAUUGUUUUAUGAUCCAGAAUUGCACAGGAUAUUAUGGACUGAUCCAAUAAAGGAGGAAAUUUCUAGUGUGGCUGUGGAUGGUAUGGAUCAGCAUGUAUUCAAGACAGACCUUGGUACUCCUUUUGAUAUUGCAUCACUAACUCAUGAUAUCUUCUGGACAAACUUAGGAUCUUCUUACAUAUAUUGGUCUGACAAAUACUAUAGCCAUAGUAGUUUAAAACGAGUCCUCGUUGAUGUGCAUGGUGUAGAACUGAAAUUGGUAGCAGUUCGUGGUGUCCGUAGUAAACCAGACCAUCGUUGUCACAAACAUAAUGGAGGAUGCAGUCAUAUAUGUGCCGUUUCCCUCAAACGCACAGUGUGUUUAUGUCCAGUUGGACUAAAGCUGAAUCAUGACAAAAGAACAUGUUCUGCACCUAUCCGUUGUUCUGGAGGUAUGUUCAAAUGCAAGAGUGACAACUUCUGCAUUCCCAGCAUGAUGAGGUGUGAUGGAAAACGUGACUGCCCAAAUAGUGGUGAAGAUGAACUGAACUGUCACUCCAGAAAGUGUUUAGAUAACCAGUUCCGUUGUGAUAAUGGACAGUGUAUUUCAAUUGGUAAAAAGUGCAAUGGUGAUGUGGACUGUUCAGAUGAAAGUGAUGAACUUGGCUGUGAAAAAUGUGGCCAAAAUUUGCAGUUUGAGUGUGCAUCUGGUGACUGCAUUGACAAGAUCUUGCACUGUGAUGGUUCUGCAGAUUGUAAGGAUGGUUCAGAUGAAGAAGACUGUCAUGAAGCAACAUGUCUACCAGAGGAAUUCAGGUGUGAUAUUGGUCAAUGCAUUCCAAAGAAGUGGUUAUGUGAUGGGCAGUCAGACUGUGCAGAUGCUUCAGACGAACAUAAAUGUGCUUCUGUUACAUGUGGAUCUAAGGCAUUUACCUGUAGUAAUGGUCGCUGCAUAGACAAGCAUCUUCUUUGUAAUGGUGUGGAUGACUGUGGAGACAGAUCAGAUGAAGAGCCCUGUAAAAUCACAGAUCUACACCUUCCCGUAACAUCAUGUUAUCCUGGGGAAUUAACAUGCAGUGCAUAUGAAAAUGUAACACUCUGUGUUCCUAUAACAGCUAGAUGCAAUGGUUCAGCUGAAUGUCCAUUGAAAGAUGAUGAGAAAGAUUGUGAAACUUGUCUGGAAUCUGAAUUCCAGUGCUACAAUGGAAAGUGCAUUCAGGAUGACUGGGUAUGUGAUGGAACAAAUGACUGUGGUGAUGAUUCAGAUGAGGACAAUUGUCAUACUCCACCAGUAUCUGAAGGAACUUCUGGUCCAUGUUUCGAGUAUUCCUGCAAUGAUGGGGGAUGUGUUUCAAUGUCCUUUGUAUGCAACAAACAAAAAAACUGCCAUGAUGGUUCAGAUGAGGGUGGUCAAUGUGAUUCAUCAUGUGGCAAAGGAUCACCCUGUGAAGACAUUUGCCAUCCCACACCUCGAGGUCCAAAAUGUAACUGUUCAAUAGGAUAUGUGUUGCUGAGUGAUGGAGCAAAGUGUGGAGAUAUAGAUGAAUGUGAGAGCCAUGAUGCAUGUGCUCAGAUGUGCACUAAUACACGUGGCAGUUUCGUGUGUUCUUGUGAUCCUGGUUUUCAGCUUCGAUCAGAUCGUGUAUCUUGUAAAGCAGCUGGAGAAGCAAUGGAGUUCAUAUUUUCAGCAGGGUAUCAUAUUAGAAAAAUGUCGCGUGACCUUCGCUUCACAGAUGUAGUGUACCCUGACGCUGAACUUCAAGUUACUGGCCUGGAUGUGGACUCAGCACUAAGUAGAGUUUACUGGAGUACAGAUGUAGCAGGAACAAUUUAUCGGCUGUCACUGCUUGGUGGCGAAAGAGUUUAUGUGACUGGUGUUGGAAGUCCAGGUGAUAUCGCUGUUGACUGGGUCACACAAAAUGUAUACUACGUUCAAAAGUCUGCUAUUCAAACAAUAAGAGUGUGCCACUUGGAUGAGCAAAGUUAUGCAAUAGUGACAUAUGUGGAACAUGGUUUUGCUGUAACCAAACUUGCCGUGGAUCCCACUGCCGGAUAUUUGUUUUGGGCAGAGGUAAGCAACUGGGCUUUUGACAAGCCCUCAAGCGAUGUGUUUCGUUCUGACCUUGCUGGCAGAAACAGAAAGCAUCUAUCAAUAAACCAUUUCAUGGUGGCAAGUGGUCUAACAUUCGAUCUGGUGCGGAGAAUAUUAUAUGUAGCUGAUCAACACAGACACACAAUUGAGUGUAUGGACUAUGAAGGAACGGAUAUGCAUACUGUUGUGAGUGGUGAGCAUGUGCAAAAUCCCAUUGACUUGGCCCUGUUUGAAGGAACUCUUUAUUGGUUGAAAGCUGGAACAGGGGAGCUAACCAGUUAUAAAUUAUAUGGACCACGUGAAAGACGAAUUGGAAAACGACAACUGUAUGUUUAUAAUACAGAACAUUUCACAAUCCUGCAGUCAGCCAUGCAACCUACAGUUCCAAAUCCAUGUGCUGACCACUUGUGCACUGAGAUGUGUGUGUUAAAUGCUGGUGGAACUGCUGCCUGCUUGUGUGCUGAUGGAACCAAAGUUGAAAUGAAAGAACUGUGCCCAUUGCCAGAGGAAAUUGAUGCAUUUGGAAGCCCAGUGUUCCAUAACGGUGUUAAUCAAACUGACAAACAAAAUGUACAGGAAACUACAGGCCAUUCAAGUACUGGAGUUAUUGUGGGGAUUAUUAUUGCUGUAAUUGUUUUAUCAUUAGGAGCAUUCUACUACUAUAAAAAGUUUUGGCGCAAAGGAAUAAGGCCAGACUUCAGGCUGCAUUUCAAAAAUCCAGCAUUUGGAAUGCAUACUAGUGAGGAGGAAGAUUUAGAACCACAAAUUUUAGUUCCUGGGCAGCAUCAAUAUACAAAUCCACUUGAGAGUUCUGCUAUUAGUGAGCAUCCUGAGAGUGAAGUAUUGCUUCACUCAUAUGAUAAAGCACAAUCUUCAGUGACUGCACAAAUUCCUCAGCAGCAUGCAGAGUCUGUAGAAUUGGAAGAUGAAACAGAAGAAGUCUUUGUACUUGAUAGCAAAGACAUGACAACACCACUUAUUUCCUGAAUAAUUACUCUUGGCUAAAUAGCAUCAGAGACUAGUAAUUUUUGUAAACCAGUUAGUUCAGAGUAUAUUUUGAUGUAUAUUUAUAAGUUGGUAUUUAUAUUAAUUUAAUGUAUUUUAUGCAUCUGUUAGAAUAGUGUAUAAGGAGACUGAAUUUGUCUGUGAUAUUUUAUAAGUCUCAAAAAUUAUGUUAUAGAUAGAUUUGUAUAAACAUGUAUAUGUACAUAUGUCUGUUCUAUCAUACUAGAGAAAACAUUUUUGCAACUGUUUCUGAUGAAGAUUAAUAUUUUGUAAAAUGCAGAUAUUCACUGUUGGCAAUAACUGACAAUAUAUGUUGAAAAAAAGUAUUUGGAAUUGCUGAUCUUUACCUUGGGAACUAAUCUUACUCUGGAAGAAGGAAUGGUACUGGCUGCCUAUUUGCAUAUUAUGACUGUCCUGUAGUUCCACAAAUCCGAGGGUUUAUAUCUUCAAAAAUUAAAAAAAAUAUUUUUCCUUUCAUUUAUUCAUGCAAUACAUGUGGUGUUUGGAAAGGUUAUAAAGAAGUGUAAAAUGUAUAAAUAUUUGUAGUGAGUUUGAGAAGCUUUGUGUUAAAACUUUGGGAUAAAUAAUUACCCCAUUUACAUUUAAUUUAAAACUGUAUGCUCAAGUUACUCUGUCUUGAUUCAGAACAGUCCCUUGGCAUUAUAAAAAUUUGCUUUGCAUCAUACCUCAAGUUUUCUGUUCUUGGCAGUGAUUUUGUGGCAGCAACAUCGAUAUGAAGGAAGUGAAAGUAGUUUCUGUAAAGCAGAAUACAGGCAAUGUGUAGUCAAAGCUUGGAGCUUUGUUAAAUUUUCUGUGAUCUUUUAACUACAGCUUGAACUAAUGCCAUCUUUAUUUCCAAGCCCUUGAUUAUAUGAAUUCGUAAAGACAAACCCAUAAAGACCUACUACUAUAAUAGGGCUUAUUUAAGAUAGAAACAAUGGCUAUGAUAAAUACUAGCCCUAGGGUGUGGCAGACUGGAGUUUGUUUGAAUAUGACCCACAUUUAACAUGUCACAGGAAAUCUUUUGGUUGCAUUACUAUGUAUUUUCAACAUAUUUGAAUAAUUGAUGUAGUAGAGCCCUCUUCUGCAUUCAGAAAAGCCAGUUUAAUUUUUUUUAUGUGAGAUUCAAGAUCAAGGUAAUAAAAUGCAUACUAAUUCAGCACAAAUGGUUAACAACAGCAUGAUUAAUUCUGUGACAGCAUGAACAUUUCUAGGAAUAUGCUGUUGAGAUGCAUUGCAUCCAGUGGUUAAAGUAUGAAGAUAUUUAAUAUUAAAGUUGCUCUGGAAUGUGAAAGUUCUUGUUCAGUUGCUAUGUGUUGAUUUAAAAUUGUAGAACAAUUUUCAGUGUUAAGAAUGUGUAAAGAAAAAGUUUCUUGUGUGUUAUCCAUCGUCUAAUAAAAUAAUAAAAUUGAACGAUGUUUUGGA